AUGGUGCUUUGUUUUCUGAGGAGAACACUGCAACUAGCAAGUCAUUCAUCCAGUCCACUGGGGAGACAACUCUCUUCAGCCAGUGCAAAUAAGCCAGUGUUGACUUUAUUCACCAAGAAACCGUGCCCUCUAUGUGAUGAAGCAAAAGAAGUGCUUGAGCCAUAUAAGAGAAGGUUUAUUUUGCAGGAGGUGGAUAUUACCCUUCCAGAGAACUCAGCGUGGUAUGAUAAAUACAAAUACGACAUACCUGUUUUUCAUUUAAAUGGGAAGUUCCUAAUGAAGCAUCAAGUAGACAUUCAAAAGUUUGAGGACCAGCUUAUGAAGCUGGAGUUGCAAAAUGGUGGAAACCAGUGA